AUGGUGCCACCUCUUGCUGCUCCUCGUGCAGCGGCUCUGGUCCCCCCUCGUGCAGUCCCUCUUGCUCCUCUUGCCGCCUUUGCUCCCCUUGCAGCUUUAGUCACCCUUCCUCCUCUUGUUACUCCCCGUGCUGAUCCUCUAGCGCUUCCUGGUGCUGCUCCCCGUCGUGCUGCUCCCCGUCGCGCCCCUUGCCCCGACGACUCGGGUACGUCGCUUGCUUCCGCGGUAGCGCGGUCCUCGGCGACGUCUUCGACCGAGAAGGAGGACCCAAAGGAUAUAGGGGACGACAGCCCAGAGGACGACGCCGUAGGGGACGAUGCCACAAAAGACAUCUUGUGCUAUGCAGCGACGCUGGGGAGCCCCUCCCACAGGAGCGUGAAGGUCAAGCGACCAGAGCUCAAUCGUUGCCAAGAAGGGCGAGAUGAUAUAGUGCAGUUGCACAGAGACAGUUAUAUGAAGAUAGAAAAGUAAAGAAAGAUAUUGGGAACUGGAUGAUGAUCUUGUUGUUGUCAACUGAUUGAAUCAACAGCAGUGCAUGGGAAGACACAGACGAUGAGGGAGGAUGAAGCCGGUCUUUAUGACUUCGGUCCAUCUGGGUAUAAACCAAGGUAAUGUAUAUGAGAAGCCGGUCUUGAUCAAGUAGUAUCAACGCCAUGCUUCUAUUUUUGCCAUCCCAGGGGUCAGAUAGACGGGGGUAUUGUUUCAAAAAACCCCGGAAGAUGCGAACCUCGAGUGGAGACAAAUUGAAACAGCAAAUCAGUAUCGGCAUGAUAGACCGGAACUGAUACUAGAGCGAGUCUAAGCUAGCGGGGGAUAUAGUAUGG